UGUUUACAAUAUGGCGUCCAAUCGCUCCUCCAAUAAUUGGAAUCAAGAAACAAAAAUACGACUUAAUGAAAAGAUAACUUCAAAUAUAAAUGACAUUGGGUCUCUUUCUCGUCAAGUUAUAAGGGGAUCAAAAUCUAAUGAAGUAAGUAUGAAUACGUUAUGAUUAUACUUAACAGAAAGUAUCUUUCAUCACCCACGCCCAAGUACCACCGGACCCACCACUCUCCUGUCUCCACCCACAGGCACACAAACUCACAUUACCGGUAGUCAGACUCAUCUCAGAAUUGUAAAGUUAACCUAAGACUAUACAUUAAUUAACUCCCUUUUAGAUUAAGUUAAAUUAAGCUGGUCACCAUGGGAGGAACGAUGAUGCCUAUACAGGCUCUCCAUGAAUGGACAGGAUAAUAAUAAUGUCCAUAGAUAAUGGGCUUAUUCACUGCUCUAGCAUUAAAAAGAAACUUGUCCCUCUCCCCCAUAGAUAGUGAUGAGGCCAUGACAGGAAGUUCCGGUUCACACCAGCAAGAAGGCUGUAUAGGAACUGCUCAUUCCUGCCAAAGAUAAUCAGGGACUGGGACAAGCUUCCAAAAGUGAAAGGAACAGUUGAGGUGACACUUGACACAUUUGCAUCUAUUGCCUCAGGCCUUCCAAUUCCCAGUUAAUGAUACCCUCGCUGAGUAGCCCUUGCAACCAGUGAAAUAUCCUGUUCAACACCAGGCACAGAAAAAUUGCAAAUCCCAUCUACAUGCAAAGGAGCCAGGCUAAUCAAUAAAUUGAUCUAAACUGAUCUUGGGCCCUUAAUAUAUAAAAGAAGAAGAAGAUUUGACCUAAGUUAUGAAUCACUAUAAUGGUCAAUUGUAGCUAAUACUAAUACAGUUAAUACACCAUUCUAUUCACUAGGCCUAUCCUAUACUAUAUAUGACUAUUUUUAAACACUAUAAUGAUUUAAACUAGUAUAAUGACUGUAUCAGUAUUAGAAAGUAUCACUAUAUUUGUAUACUAUUACUGUAUGACCCCCAGCCCACUAUACUGAUAUGGAUAUGGCUAUAUGCUGUUUAAGUUUGUGCAUUACCAUUAUUAAUUAUAAUAUUAUAAAUAAUAAUAAAGUGUAGGCCUUGAAAAAUAGUAAUAUCUGGAGAACCAAUUUGAAGACUGUUAACAAAACAAAUUAAUAUCUUGACUUCAUUGAUAUGUAAGUCAAUCAAAUGAUUUGUUAAACACAGUGUUGGAAGGUUGUUUCUUGACAUGUCACGAAACACCCACGCUGAUGACAACAUCAAUAUAAACAACCACAUCUACAAAGACCCACCCAUAGUUGCAACAAUAAAAAAAAAAGGCAGACUGUGCUGGGCAGGACAUAUUGAAAGGAUGCCGGAUUGUAGAGGAGCAAAAGUGAUAUGCAGGCAGAAGCUACUAUAUAUACAACGAGGCUACCGAAAAAUUUUCUUGACGGUUAUAGGGUCAAGCAAACUUAUAAAUCAUCCUAGCCUUCUUUAAGCUUUAGGUUCCAUCGGUAUCAUAAAAAAUGAAUAGUUACCUCUAGUUACAAUCUGAUACUAAACAAACGGGAGUUAACUCAUACACAAAAACUCAGGGUGAGGCCUAAAGUGUAAUUUGACCAAACUUUAUCCUACAUGAUAACGGAUAUGAUUUUAUUCUAAAUUUAUUUUGAAAUGCAUACAUCCCCCCCCCCCCCACUAAUGUAUUUGAAUUUUUUUAGCUAAUCAAAAGUUGUAAAUAAUAGCUUUUAAAAUAAUAGCUGUCCUUUACAGAUUCAUAUAAAGUUACUAAGAUGCUGAUAAAGUGCUUUCCAUCAUUACCAAAAAUAUACUCUAACUCUCAUCACAAUUGCAUUUGCUGAAUAAAAUACUUUCUAUAAAUUCUUAAUAAAAGAUUUUUGUUUCAGUUUCUGGCCCAGGCUGCAAAAAAUUUUGCAUCCCAAGAAAAUUGCAUUCAAAAUUCACAUGAGGUAAAAUUGUCAAAAUUUGUAGUUGUAUUUAUAAUGCUUAAUUCUCUGUUUUUACUUAGAAUUUCACAUAUUUUGAAAUUUCAUCACUAAAAAUUCUAAAUAUGAAACGUAAAAAAAGUUAGUCCCUAGAAUAAUGUCACAAAGUAUUCUUAUUCCGGCUUCAUUAACCAUACAGAGUUUUGUCAGGAUACAACUGAGGUAAAAAGCCAGUAAUGUAUAAUGGGAAUGGUGGAUUAUUUUUAGGCUGUAUUAUUGGCUCAUCUGCAUUGAAAAGAAAUGUUUUUGGUUGGGGUUGCAGAAUGAUUAAAAUAUGGCACGCAAAAUUGAUUAUUAUGAAUAGAUCUUUGACAAUAUUUAUGGGAGAUAUUAGGUUUAAAAAAAAUAAUGACUGACAUUAGCUUGUGAAAAAUGCUUAGUCUGUUUCCUUGGUGAGCUUAGUUCAAAGGGAGAAAAUGUAUACUACAGAUACUUGACUAUGAAGUAGGGGCUUCUAUUGCCCUAUCUACAGGUCUGCCAAGACAACCUCUUGAAAGAAGAGUUAUUGUUAUUACUGGUGUUUCCCCCAAAAUAUUGAUAAAUAAAGCUGAUAAUGUCUAGCUAAUAACUUACUUAAUUGAAGUGUUGAAGGGAAAAUAGGAAAAGUUCAUAAAAAAAGUACAUAAUUUAUUUGAAAUCUAAUGCAACAGGCAAUGAAAUAACUGCAUAUUUUUAUUAUCUAUCUCUUCCAUUUAUUACAAAUUAUGCAUUACUUUAAGUAGGCUUCAGCAAUCACUUGCAAAUUCAUAGAAAGUGUAAUGAUGAUAUGAUGUAUGAUGUGUUUUUUUAAAAAGGGGUAUUCAAACCCUCCUUCACACACCUUAUUAAUUAUAUUAAAUUAUAAUAGGUUUUUAUUAAUUAACUCCCAACAAUGUCUGAGGGACAGUGAACUGUGAAUUUGAGGACUGAUGCUUCAAACAUCAAUGGAAAGGAAAAAUUAUUAAUGUUAAGAAUUGUUUAGUUAGCUCCUCAAAAAUUCUGCUACCGGUAUAUUAAAAAAAAAUCACUUGCAAAAGUUAGAUUUGGAAAUAAAAAUAGUUUAUAUUUAUCUUUUUGCGUUUCAGACAAUGAGGAAAAUGGAUUUACUUCGCUCCCAGCUUGAAUUUCAGUGA